AUGUUCAGACAACAUUGUCUGAAUCAAAACCAAAAAUCAUGGCAUGCUUUCGCAGCUUACACAGAAGACCCAAAGAACGAAAAGUCGCAAUCAUGGCCAUCGAUCAAGGCUGAUGAAAACGUCUCUAACAAUCAUACGUGGCAAGAAGCCUUCGAAGUACUUGGAUUGAGCUGGAAUUCUGAUGGCACAUUGAAUAGAGAAAUUCUAAUCCCUAUGGUGAAUGCGACCCCUUCUGUUACUGACCCGGAUAACCCUCCUGUAGCGCUCUCGAACGAUGUAUUGCUCAGCGAUAUGAGCAAAGCCUAUGUCCGCAUCUAUAUACCAGUCAACCCCCCAACAGACACCAAGCUGCCACUCAUUAUCUACUUACAUGGAGGUGAUUUUGUGAUAUACAGUGCAUCGACUGUCAUUUUUCAUAACUUUUGUAAUGAUAUUGCGUCGCAGUUCCCUGCGGUGGUGGUAUCUGUCGAGUACCGGCUGGCCCCCGAAAACCGCCUCCCGGUAGCUUAUGAUGAUGCCAUAAAUGCUAUCUUUUGGAUUAAGAACCAAGCACUAGAUGAUCCUUAUGUUCCUUUGUACAUAUGUGACGUGUUGUGGUCAUUGGCAUUGCCACUCUACGCUAAUCGAGAUCAUGAAUUUUGUAACCCGAUAUCUGGUGGAUCUUUCCUCGGAAGGGUUCCACGUUUACCGAGGGUCUUUGUAAAAGCCGACGAAGGUGACCCCUUCGUCGACCGAACAACCCAGUUAGUAAACUUGUUAAAGGGAUAUAAGGUAUCCGUGGUCUAUCAACAUAAUCAAGGUGGUUUUCAUGGUAUCGAGCUUCAAAACACGACUGCUGCUCAAAUUUUGUACAACGAUAUGAAGCUUUUCAUCGACUCUACGACUACCAGAGUUACCCACAAUGAAGAAUAUCAUGCUGCUUACUAA